AUGUCGCUUCUGGCUCCUGCAGCUAGAGCAGGACCUUCCAGGUCAACGGCAACCACGGCAGCGGCAGCAGUGGUCCUAGGACGCUCUGGAGCUGUUGUGCCGCGGAGACAUUCCUCCACGCGUCCAGUUCCUGGGACACCCUCGCAACCCGGAUACUUUCAAAAGAAGGACCCAAAUGAAAAACUGAGGAGGAAAAUACCUACCUUCAAACAGUUGCAAAGACUUCCAGCCUCACAGAUGGUUCACGAGCUCUUCAAUGGAAAUACGGUCGGGUCCCUUGAAUCAUUGCCACUGAAGAGUAAUGUGGCGCGUACUCCCUCGUCACUCUACCAGAUCAGAAAAUUCGAAAUGAAUCGUCCUGACCCAUUGAACGUUUAUGGUGCUCCCAGAAAUCUGAAAUAUGAGUAUACCGUUCUCACCAAACCAUAUAAUGUUGUACGAGAGAUCACCCAAGAAGCUCUGAGGUUUGUAUCCCAUUCGAAGGGCACGCCAAGUCUUGACUCUCGUGUAGUGCUGACUGGUCGCGCAGGGUCAGGGAAGAGUGUGCUUUUGCUCCAAAUUGUAGAGUGUACUAUUCAAGACGGAUGGGUGGUCAUUUAUAUCCCUCGAGCCGUCAACCUCGUUAACUCAACCACCCCCUACGUGUAUAACAUCCGCACACAAACCUAUCAACAACCCUCGUAUUCCUUCCAGAUCUUGCAGCGCAUGCUAACAGUUAACGGAGGCGCGUUAUCUAAAAUCCAGCUGUCGGAAGACCUUGUGCUAGAAAGGCAAACCGUGCGCGCCGGUACGCCACUGUCCGCCGUUAUUGAAAUCGCCAUCGCGGAGAAGGAGAGAUCAAUAGGACAGUCUCCCGCUAUCCUGGAAGCUGUCAUGAAAUCUUUGGAGGUCCAAACACAAUAUCCCGUACUUCUGGCGGUUGACGAUUUCCAGGCUUUGUACGGUAAGACCGCUUACCGAGAUCCACAUUUCGACGCCAUUAGGUCAUACCACCUGUCAAUACCAAGAAUGAUCAUGGAAUACGCUUCCGGGAGGAGAAACUUUGCUCGUGGUGCAGUUUUUGGAGCCCUUUCUCUAUCUCAAUCCAACUACCCUCUGCCUCUUGAACUCCGCGAUGCUCUGCAGUUACAAGAGCUAGAUGCAUACCCUGUGUCUCCAUACCUCAAGCGCAGCAAGGAUAUGCUGGCGUACACUGAAGGCCUCAGAAAACUUGAAGUCCCGGCGAAGCUGAGUAUGCAGGAAGCACUAGCCGUUUUCGAGAUCUGGAAGAAACGCAUGGCUAUUGGAAAAGAUAACUCAUUCUACGAUGAGAUUUUCCUUAGCAAGUACACGGAAUCAGGUGGAAACGCUAGGGAUUUUAUCUGGAAAGGUCUUCUUUCCACCACUGAUCUAUAA